ACAUGUGGCAAUCCUACACUUGCGAUCUUCACCUCUCUUAGAUCUCCCCUCCCUGUCUCUCUCUCUCACUCUUUAACGCACACUUUCCCCGAGUAUCGAUACUCGCCGCCUGAGCCAAUCUCAGCAAUGUCGUCGACCUAUGCGAGAUUCGACACCGUUUUUCUCCUUUCUAGAUUCGCCGGCGCUAAGUACUCGCCGCUGUGGCCUUCUUCUUCAUCGUCGUCGCACUCUUCUCUCUUAUCUUCCGGGAUUCACCUUAGAGCCAAGCCGAAUUCGCGUUUGCGAUCGGUUACAGGAGCAUCCUCUUCAUCGUCUGGUCCUAUCAUCGCCGGAAGUGAAAGCAUUGAGAUCAAAUCGUUGCCGACGAAGCCUAUCGAGGGGCAGAAGACUGGAACAAGCGGCCUCCGGAAGAAGGUGAAAGUUUUCAUGCAAGAUAAUUACCUAGCCAACUGGAUCCAGGCAUUGUUUAAUUCAUUGCCCCUGGAGGACUAUAAGGACGCCACAUUGGUUUUAGGAGGUGAUGGUCGUUACUUCAACAAAGAGGCCUCGCAGAUCAUAAUCAAAAUUGCGGCUGGGAAUGGAGUUGGAAAAAUUUUAGUUGGACAGGAAGGCAUUUUGUCAACCCCAGCGGUUUCCGCUGUAAUCAGGAAACGAAAGGCAAAUGGAGGAUUUAUUAUGAGUGCAAGUCAUAAUCCUGGUGGACCUGAAUAUGACUGGGGUAUCAAGUUCAAUUACAGCAGUGGUCAGCCAGCUCCUGAAUCCAUUACUGACAAAAUUUAUGGAAAUACACUUUCAAUCUCUGAGAUUAAGGUGGCAGAGAUUCCCGACAUUGAUCUUUCUCAUGUUGGAGUUACUAAAUAUGGGAAUUUCAGUGUGGAAGUUAUAGAUCCUAUUUCCGAUUACUUGGAGCUCAUGGAGGAUGUGUUUGACUUUGAUCUCAUUAGAGGUCUUCUUUCAAGAUCAGAUUUUGGGUUCAUGUUUGAUGCCAUGCAUGCUGUUACUGGUGCUUAUGCGAAACCAAUUUUUGUCGAUAAUCUUGAAGCCAAACCGGAUUCAAUUUCCAACGGAGUUCCCCUGGAAGAUUUUGGGCAUGGCCAUCCAGAUCCUAAUUUGACAUAUGCAAAGGAUUUGGUUGAUGUCAUGUAUCGUGACGAUGGACCUGAUUUCGGAGCAGCAAGUGAUGGUGAUGGUGACAGAAAUAUGGUCUUAGGAAACAAAUUCUUUGUCACUCCUUCAGACUCUGUUGCUAUCAUUGCAGCCAAUGCACAAGAAGCAAUUCCAUAUUUCCGUGCUGGUCCUAAGGGUCUAGCACGUUCUAUGCCAACUAGUGGUGCUCUGGAUCGUGUUGCCGAGAAGUUGAAGCUUCCUUUCUUCGAGGUUCCCACCGGAUGGAAAUUUUUUGGAAAUCUUAUGGAUGCUGGAAAAUUGUCAAUCUGUGGAGAAGAGAGCUUUGGCACAGGUUCUGAUCACAUCCGUGAGAAGGAUGGCAUAUGGGCUGUGUUAGCGUGGCUUUCGAUCCUAGCUCAUCGCAACAAGGACAAGAAACCAGGGGAGAAGUUGGUUUCUGUUGCAGAUGUUGUGAACGAGUACUGGGCGACAUAUGGAAGGAACUUUUUUUCCAGAUACGACUAUGAAGAAUGUGAAUCUGAAGGAGCCAAUAAAAUGAUCGAAUAUCUUAGAGAUAUCGUGGCUAAGAGCAAGGCCGGUGAAAAUUAUGGAAACUAUGUCCUCCAGUUUGCAGAUGACUUUUCAUACACGGACCCUGUUGAUGGAAGUGUUGCAUCCAAGCAAGGUGUUCGGUUUGUCUUCACUGAUGGAUCCAGAAUCAUAUAUCGUUUAUCCGGAACUGGUUCAGCUGGUGCCACGGUUCGAAUAUAUAUUGAACAGUUUGAGCCAGACGUUUCAAAGCAUGAUGUGGAUGCACAGAUAGCUCUAAAACCUUUGAUAGAUCUUGCAUUGUCUGUAUCAAAGUUGAAGGAGUUUACAGGGAGGGAGAAGCCCACUGUCAUUACAUGAGGAAAAAAACUAUUCUGUGUCACAUGGUCCUUAUGAAAGGCGAGUUGGGUUCCUGACUUCAGUUUUGUCUGCCAUGUUUUUAUUCGAAACUUCCAGAGCAAUGAACUGCUUAUCUAUGUAACAUAUAUAUAUAUAUAUAACUUGAUGCGUCUGUAUAAAAUAAAAGGAUAUAUUUUCUUUCGUUGGUCGAGUCAUGUUCGAUGAUUCAUGACUAUGUCUUGGAAAUGAACUGCUUAUUGGAAGAUAUUUGGUAUGA